GCGCCCAAGGGGAAGCGCAGCGAGGGGCCCGCGCCUCUGAACAAGAGCAGCCCGCCGAGCGAUCUGGCGGUGGCUCGGCGGGGAUCGCGCUCGCGGGAGAUCCCGACGCUUGCGGUCGGAGACCUGAUGGGCGCGGGGCCCGCUCGCAGAGGCGCCGGCGCGAUGCUCGCAGCGCCUGUCGCCGGCGCGGAUAACGAGCACGUGGCGCUGAAACAGUUCGUGGAGAGAGGGAGGCUUGUGAUUCAGACGCAGCACAAGGAGCACGGCAAGGAGAUGCGCGCGAGGGCGAGCGCCUUCAUGCGCGAUCUGGCGAAGGAGUGCGCCACUGGGGACUUGUCGAAGGACCGGGCGAAGCAGGAGAAACGCGCCCAGCAGACGGAGAACCCGCCAGAUUGCACCUCCAAG